GACCUGCUGGUCAGUAUGCGCAUGGCGCUCUUGUACUGGCUGACCUCGGAUGCGCCCUUCCGCUUCACUGAUGUGAGACAACUCCUCAUUCUGGCGACGCAGGGUAUCCUCCGCACGCACCGAAGCGCGUGGCAGAAGCAUUUCAUUGACCUGGAGGCGAAAGUGCUGACCGGAAGCAGCAAUCCGACAAAAGGCUAUGGUGGGGCUCUCCCCGGCCUCUUAUCAGGAGGCCAAGCUUCAGUCCCGAUGAGGGACAUGCUCAACCAGAGCUUUCGCAAAAACGGUGAAGAGCACGCAGCUCAGCGCAUCUUUCCUGAGGAGAUUAACGCGGCAGUGCAGGACUUCUGCGUGCACGGCAAUCCACGACGUCGUCACAAAUUCCACAUCAAGGUGCCUAAG